AUGCCCUGUAAUCAGAACCCAUUUUCCAUUUUGAGGUUCUGGGUGUCUCAACCUUUUCAAAGUUUGCACUACAGAGAUAAACUCUCAGAAGGGUCUUGCUCGAGAAGGACUCAGUUCAAUGGCAUGGUAAUAAACAACUCUGUUUUCUAUUCUGCUCCUGAUUUUCUUGAAGGGAAAGCUGCAAUGGAGGGUGUGGGUUCGAUUAAGAAGAAUGAAGUUAUUGAAGGAAAUUGUUUCAACAAUGAGACUUUUGCUGAUUUGAUCGAAGAAAAGAGCAGUUCCAGCUCUGAGCUUAUGCCAUCUGAGAUGAGUCAGAGUAGUGCUGAGGACUCAUCUUCUUCACCUUCAAUGGGAUGGCCUGUUCAUGAAAUUUCUGCAUCUAAUUGUACUAGUCCACAUGCAGUUGAAGAUGCAGAUAAAAAGGACUUGGGUAAUGAGAAUUUUGAGAAACAAGUUUCUGUGUUACCAGAGCUUGAGAUGAUGAAGGAGAGGUUUGCAAAAUUGUUACUUGGAGAAGAUAUGUCAGGUUGUGGAAAUGGGGUCCCAACAGCUUUGGCUAUAUCCAAUGCCAUAACUAAUCUAUGUGCUACACUCUUUGGGCAAGUCUGGAGAUUGGAACCUUUAUCACUAGAGAAGAAAGCAAAGUGGCGAAGAGAGAUGGAGUGGCUUCUUUGUGUCAGUGAUUAUAUUGUUGAAUUGAAGCCUACUUGGCAAACAUUUGCGGACGGAAGCAAGCUAGAGGUUAUGACUUGUAGACCCCGCUCAGAUCUUUAUGUCAAUCUACCAGCUUUGCGAAAAUUAGAUAACAUGCUUCUUGAAAUACUAGAGAGUUUUGUCAAUACAGAGUUCAUGUAUGUGGACCAAGGGGUUAUGGCCCCAGAUGCAGAUGGUUCAUCUUCUUUUAGUAAAGCACUUCAGCGGCAAGAGGAGAAAUGGUGGCUUCCUGUACCUCAAGUCCCUCCUUGUGGUCUCCAUGAAAAUUCAAGAAAGCAGUUGCAACACAAGCGGGAUUGCACAAACCAAAUAUUAAAAGCUGCCAUGGCCAUUAACAGCAUUACUUUAGCUGAAAUGGAGAUUCCAGAUACUUAUUUGGAGUCUCUUCCAAAGACUGCAAGAGCCAGCUUGGGGGAUAUAAUUUAUCGACACAUUACAUCAGACAAUUUUUCUCCUGAAUGUUUUCUUGCUGACCUUGAUUUAUCCUCUGAACAUCAAGCCUCAGAGGUUGCCAACAGAGUAGAAGCUUCCAUUUAUAUUUGGCAUAAAAAGACCAACUCAGCAAAGCCUUCAGGUCGCACUAGAUCCAGUUCAAGAUCAUGGGAAAUGUUCAAGGAUCUUAUUGUUGAGGGAGACAAAAGGGAAAUACUUGCUGAGAGAGCAGAAAACCUUCUGCUAUCCUUGAAACACCGUUUCCCUGGUCUCCCUCAAACAACCUUAGAUAUGAGCAAAAUCCAAUGCAACAAGGAUGUUGGAAAGUCCAUUCUAGAGAGUUACUCUCGAGUACUAGAGAGUUUGGCAUCUAAUAUUGUUGCACGCAUUGAUGAUGUGCUUUAUGUAGAUGACUUGACCAAACAUUCUGAUCAAUUCUCGUGUCUCUCAAAAGUUGGUGUAAUUACUCACAAGGGUGUUUCAGUUCCAUACUCAGUGCCUGUGGAAAGCCCUCCAUAUAAAUCAGCUUUUGGAACAGAUAUGGAGUCCAAUGAUUUCACUGAAGAAGAUGCUAAGCUCAAGGAACUGGACAGGGCAUGGCUAGAGUGA